UGUGGAUAUACAGGGUAGGACUACGUGCGGAGGCCACUUCCAAUGAUAUGACAGGAUGGGGAUUGGGAGGAAAGCAAGGAAAAUGUAGUGUAUGAAAAUGGGGGAAGCACAAAUGUGAGACUAUUCAUUUUUAUUUUUUAUUAAUGUGAGAAAAUUAGUCUUGAAACACGUAUAAAAAGUAGAGAACUAUCUGAUAGAAAUAGGACAGAGGAACUUUAAAUUGCCAAGACAUCAUAAAGGUGAAGACAUUCAUGAAGGCAACUUACUGCUGAAAUCCUCUUCAUAUGAAGAUCCCCCAUAACUAUCUGCCAACAGUACAGAAUGCUCAACACUACAGGCUCGAAGAUGAAUGAAGAUUUACAGAGAACUAUUCUGAACUCUCCUCAGUUUUGCUAUAAUGCCUGGUUUGUUUAAUGUAGAGCUUAGAUUUGGAAGGUUCCUUUUAUAAAUGGGAGAACAGUGUGCCCAAGGAGACAUGGAUCUCACUUGGCAAGAGAUCUUCUCUAUCACCGAACUGCAGGGCUUGGAUUUACACCCAGAUUCCCCAUAUGAUGUUGAAAAUGGAUAUCAAGCACCCACUUUGCCAGUUCCAGGAGGCAGUUUUAGUAGUUUCCAAAAAGAUGGCAUUUUACCAAGUUCAACCAAUAAUAUGCCAAUAUGCAACCGAUAUUACAUGGACUGUCAAGCACAGAAUGCAGUAACAAUCUCUAUGACUUCUGGAUAUGGUCCAACAUCGUACACAGGAAUGUUAAUCUCAUCAAAUCUCUCUCAGAUGGGGACAAUAAAUCACUAUCCAUUAAAGCAGAUGGCAGUAAGUGCCCCAGGAGACCAGGUCAUUAUGCCGGAGCCUUACCUGGGCAGUGCUCAUUCUCUGCACCUUCCCUCCAAAAACCAUGAUGAUUUUGAAUCUGAUUCAGGUUUGUCUCUAAAUUUUAGUGAUGGGGAAUCAAUAGAAAUAGAGAAAAGAGACAGCCACAGUCUUCGCUCAGAAUACAUGGAAAUAAUCCCACAUCAUGCCUACCAAAACCAAUAUCCUUUGGCACCAAGCUUUACACAACCUGUUAUGGAAAACAACAUGUGUGAAACCCAAGCAUACUUUGCAUCACGGACUCAAGACCUUGUCUGCGGUAGGGAUGAGCGAAGGGCAGCCGCAAUGCAGAUACCAUUCCCCACAGACAGGAUAGUCAAUCUUCCUGUGGAGGAUUUUAAUGAACUUCUGUCUCGCCACACAUUGACUGAAUCUCAGCUGGCUUUGGUCAGGGACAUCCGUAGACGGGGCAAGAAUAAAGUUGCUGCUCAGAACUGUCGCAAGCGCAAGAUGGAAAACAUUUCCAUCUUGGAAAAAGAAAUUGGGCAACUCAGGCUAGAACGUGAAGGAUUACAUAGAGAACGUGAGGAAGUGGAAAGUAUUAUUUAUGAACUGAAAAGCAACAUGAAAGUACUUCAGCAAGAGGUUUAUAGCAUUUUAAAAAAUCAGGGCAACCAUCACUACCCAGAAGAUAUUUUUCUCCAUCAGACACCAAAUGGUAACGUCUCUUUCUCGUUGGUAUAGAAUGGAUUGUCCAUUAUCAGACAAUGACUCAUUUUUAGAAGGAUGCUGAAAGCAUACUUUUUAAUUUUAUUACUGCAUGUCAUGAAUUGAGCUGAAUGUAUAUUAGUUUUAAGACUGGAGCCCUCCACCAUAGUCUAAAACUUUGGUCCAUAGUCUUCAUUGACCUUGAGAAGUUUGACCAUCAUAAACAUCAUCAAUUGUUAAAAGAACAAUAUGCCCUGACACUGAGGUCAACAUCGGCCUACCCUCUCACCAAAAAAUUUGGAGGAGAUACUACGUGAGAAAUAUGCAUUUUCUGGACUCUAAUAUAUCUUUUUUGAGCUGAAAAAUACUCUUAACAUUCUGGUUUAGAAAUCUAUUUGGCAUAUGUAUGCUAUAGAAUCAACUUGUAAAAUUGUAAUUUAAGAACUUAUUUCUGUUAAUAAAACAAUCUUUC